AUGUCAUCAACCAAAUCCAUUUUGUCGUCUCUACAAUUAGAUAACUCUUGGCCACGUGAUCUCUUUCCAGAAACAGAGGAAAACUUCAAGAAAAGUGUCGGUUUCGAGCACUUGAGUGAGGACACGGAUAACCGCAGCAAACGACCAGUCUUCAAUGGACACUAUGUACUCGUAAAACCAACCGGUCUGAAAGCACCUGAGCGAGUUCUCGUCUCCGAGGACGUUGCUUUCAACCUUCUGAAACUGACUCCUGAACAAGUCGAAUCAGACGACUUUCUAAACUGGGUGUCUGGUAAUUUAGCACUUGAGGAGACUUGGGCGACACCUUAUGCCCUUUCCAUCAUGGGUACAAGGUAUACGAACAAUUGUCCGUACGGAACAGGGAACGGAUAUGGUGAUGGACGGGCCAUUAGCAUCGCCGAACUCAACGGAUACGAAAUGCAGCUCAAGGGAUCUGGGAAGACGCCCUUCCAUCGAGGAGCCGAUGGUCGAGCAGUCCUAAGAUCGAGUAUUCGUGAAUUCUUGGCCAGCGAAGCGAUGCACUACCUCGGAGUGAAAACGACUCGAGCGCUUAGUCUAGUACGCUCCCAACAGGACAGGACGCAACGCGCUUGGUAUUCGGAUGAUGCAGUCCUCCAGAUUCCCGAAAUGGAUGAUAUUCGGUUGGCCCAAUAUCCUGAAGAGAAGCGCAAACAAAUUAUUCAGCAACUUCGCACAUCGCAAAAGGCAGAUCCGAAUAUCAUGAUAUCUGAGGCUUGUGCCAUCACCUGCCGUGUAUCCUCUUCCUUUGUCCGAAUUGGCCACUUGGAUCUCUUUGCCCGAAGGGUGGAACAAACAAGAGCCAAUGAUGAAAAAAGCUACGACACGUCUACCCAAGAGUGGAAGGAGUUGGAAGCAAUUAUCUGGCAUGCUUGCAAACGUGAAUAUCGCCAGGAGGCUUAUGAUCCCUUUGUUGAAAAGAAAGAUUUGGAAGGUGCAGCAACCAAACUCUUGGAACAUUCUGCGGAAAGAAUAGCCACAAUGGUAGCCAACUGGGUCAGAGUCGGCUUUGCACAGGGCAAUUUCAAUGCCGAUAACUGCCUGGUCGGUGGGAUCACUAUGGAUUACGGCCCCUUUGGCUGGAUGGAAGAAUAUUAUCCUUUAUUCGCAAAGUGGACCGGCUCUGGGCAACAUUUUGGCUUCUUAAAUCAGCCCUCGGCGGGUUUUGUGAACUACCAAGUUCUUGUAGAGUCGGUAGCACCAGUGAUAGCUGCUUCACGUGACAGUGAUACCGAUGAGGUGGUGGAGGAGUUCAUGACGCGAGCACAAAAAGUAUUUGAGGGUGAGGUCCACUCGGUCUUUCGGUUAAAGCUGGGGCUACCCAGAGAUGCAGAUGCGGGAGAUGAAUUGUGGGACAAGUUGAAAGAUCUCUUCCCUAAAUCCCGCACGGACUGGACUCUAUUCUGGCGUCAGCUGACCUAUGUAAUGAAGGAAUUCUCAGACUUGGAGUCGGAAGAUUACGAUGGAAUGAUGCAAACAUUGGAAGGAAGUCCGAACAGCCCCAGUAGUCCAUUUUACGAACCACUAUCUGCUGAAGUUAGGAGAGAAUGGAUUGCUUGGUUGAAGGAUUGGAGACAAGUAAUAAAGGCAACUCGACCUUCGUCGGGCAUGGCUGUCUUUGAGGUGAUGAAGGAGGCCAAUCCAAAAUAUGUACUUCGAGAGUGGAUGCUUGUCGAUGCGUAUUCCACCGCAGAUGAUGGAGAUAAUACCAUCUUGAACGAAUUGUACGACUUGAUACAGCGGCCCUAUGAGGAGGGCAGCCAAGAGGAGGCAGAUGCAUACUAUCGACGAGCUCCUGAAAGUGCCGUUGCUCGUGGUGGUACUGCUUUCAUGUCGUGA